UGUCGCCUGGCCAGGCUAGGCCCGGCCAGGUGCGCUACCACCGCGAAACAAACCUUGGCAGCGCCGCACGCAGUGCAAGCGCGCGACAACUUCUCGGCGUCUUCUCCGAUCCUCGCCCGCCCCCGUCGCCACAGCAUAUAUAUGCGCGCUAGCGCUCGACUCCCCCGGGUACUCUCGUUCCACCUCCACACGGCACACACCAAGCCGGCUGCGCCAACAACUGGGGCUUCGGCGCUUCGCUUCGCGUUCCAUCCACAAAGAUAUGGCGCAAGACUCUGACCAAGCAGGCGCUGGCCCUCCUCCUCCGGCGCCCACGACGGCUGGGGUGGCGGGCGCCAUGACGCUCAGCAGCAUCCUCACCGUGGCGGGCAUCCUCCUGCUCUUCGUCUUCUUCGCCUUCGGCAUCGUGUCCCUCCAGUACUGCUUCAAGGUCUGGGACAGGGAAAGCCAGCAGGGCGAGCAAAGCCGCCGGCGCCAGCGCCGUGGUACGGCCGAUGGUAGCAGUGGUGGGGUGCGGACCAGCAGGGGCGUCGACCCGGAGCUGCUGCGCUCGCUGCCUGUCACGGUGUACCAGCUGGCGCCGCCGCAAGGUGCGGGCAAGGGGCCGCAGCAGGACGCGGUGGAGUGCGCCGUGUGCCUCGCCGAGCUCCAGGACGGCGAGGAGGCCCGCUUCCUGCCCCGCUGCGGCCACGGCUUCCACGCCGAGUGCGUCGACAUGUGGCUUGCCUCCCACACCACCUGCCCGCUCUGCCGCCUCACCGUCUCCAAGCCCGACGACGGAUCUCCUCCGCCGCUUUCAUUGGCUCUUCCACCCGUCCCGCCGGAGCCUGCGAACUACACCACCACCGCCAACUUGCCCGCCAGCGUGCUUCUCGGGGUGUCUGACCAUGGCGCGGUCACCGCUGGCACUGGCUCCGCGCCCGCCAUGGUGAUCGAGAUCCCGGAGUUGUUCGCGCCGACGCCGACGCUGACCCCGUGCGACGCUUCCAAGACACCGGGCUCGGCGGGGCUCAGAUCGAUCAGGAGGUUGUGGAGCUUCGGAAGGCAAGGGGCGGCGGCGACUUCUUCCUGCGCCUGUGCCGGUGCCGGUGCUGGUGCCAGCGGAGUGGACUUGGAGCAGGGUAUGAGAUAGCGUUACCAUCGCUUUCUCCUCCCAGAGACACCAUUGCCGACUUGCCGUAGGAGCGAGCAUGCGGCCAGCCGGAGAGCAGCCCCAAUUUCUGCGCUCCUGCAUUACUACAUUCUUUGUAUUGUACUGCUGUUUUUUUUGUUUACUGUUGUGCGAUUAAGUUUUGGUAUAAUCAAAUAGGCCUGCUAAUGGCAAAAAUUCCAACCCA